AUGAGGAAGACCUGUGAUGGUAAGAGGAAAUGAUUGUGCCAAUGUGGAGUACAGUGAGAGAGACAAAGAAAAAGAUACAGAGAGAAAGCAGGAGGGAAGAAAUCAAGAGAAGUCGAUGACUAUCUUAGUGGAGUCUUUUAAAGGAGCAGCGUUAAUAUUUGGCAUGUUUUAGCAUGCCGUCUCUGUGCUGUGCCAGUAUACUGUUGGCCAGGAGGGCUAAUGUGAAUAUUUGCUUGCCUGCUUUAGUGGCAAAACUUUUUAUGUAUGCUGCAAACACAUUGUCUACCGCAAAGAUACAACAGUGACAGAUGGUAGAGAGAGACAUGUACCACCAACCUCAAAUAUAAUUAUAUCCCAAAGCUAUUUCUAUCGGUGUCAACCUGGCCUUGGAUGCCCAGGCUUCACUCACAUCAACGAGGUGAGAUUUGGAAGGAUGGACUCGCGAAACUUGUGUAAACCAUAUGCAAAACAAUCCACCUAAUUUGAUGUUGGUGACACAGUUCUGUGAUACGCUACAUGCAUGACCAAAAGUAUGUGGACACCUACUUGUCGAACAUCUCAUUGCAAAAUCAUGCGCAUUAAUAUGGAGUUGGUCCCCCAUUUACUGCUAUAACAGCCUCCACUCUUCUGAGAAGGCUUUCCACUAGAUGUUGGAACAUUGCUGCGGGUACUUGCUUCAAUUCAGCCACAAGAGUAUUAGUGAGGUUGGACACUGAUGUUGGUCGAUCAGGCCUGGCUCGGAGUUGACGUUCCAAUUAAUCCCAAAGGUGUUUGAUGGGGUUAAGGUCAGGGCUCUAUGCAGGCCAGUCAAGUUAUUCCACACCGAUCUUGACAAAACAUUUCUGUAUGGACCUUGCUUUGUGCAUGGGGGCAUUGUCAUGCUGAAUCAGGAAAGGUCCUUCCUGGGCCUCCCGAGUGGCGCAGCGGUCCCAGGCUGUGUCACAGCCGGCCGUGACCGGGAGCCCCAUGGGGUGGUGCACAAUUGGCCCAGCGUCAUCGGGGUUAGGGAAGGGUUUGGCCGGGGGGAUUUUCCUUGGUUCAUCGUGCUCUAACGAGUCCUUGUGGUGGGCCGGGCGCCUGCAAGCUGACUUCGGUUGUCAGUUGGACCAUGUUUCCUCCGACACAUUGGUGCGGCUGGCUUCCGGGUUAAGCAAGCAGUGUGUUAAGAAGCAGCACGGCUUGGCAGGUCAUGUUUCGGAGGACGCAUGACUCUCGACGGAGUUGCAGCGGUGAGACAAGAUCGGAUAUCAUGAAAUUGGGGAGAAAAAGGGAGUAAAAUAAAAAAUUAAAAAAGGAAAGGAAAGGGCCUUCCCCAAACUGUUGCCACAAAGUUGGAAGCACAGAAUCGUCUAGAAUGUCAUUGUAUGCUGUAGCUUUAAGAUUUCCCUUCACUGGAACUAAGGGGCCUAGCCUGAACCAUGAAAAACAGCCCCAGACCAUUAUUCCUCCUCCACCAAACUUUACAGUUGGCACUAUGCAUUGGGGCAGGUAGCAUUCUCCUGGCAUCUGCCAAACUCAGAUUUGAUCGUCAGACUGCCAGAUGGUGAAGCGUGAUUCAUCACUCCAGAGAACGCGUUUCCAGAGUCCAAUGGUGGCGAGCUUUACACCACUCCAACUGAUGCUUGGCAUUGUGCAUAGUGAUCUUAGGCUUGUGUGCGGCUGCUCGGCCAUGGAAACCCAUUUCAUGAAGCUUCCGACGAAUAGUUAUUGUGCUGACGUUUUGACAGACAAUUUGUGCUGACAUUUGGACAGACCACUCGGUGGUCCUGUUCUGUGAGCUUGUGUGGCCUACCACUUCACGGCUGAGCCUUUGGUGCUCCUAGACGUUUCCACUUCACAAUAACAGCACUUGUUUACAUGUUGUGCUAACAUGAGUUUUGUGUGAUCUGUCACGUCUACACAUUGUAUUAAAUGUGUCUCUUAUCCUUCCACUCUGUCCACAUUAGUCAAUGGUGCUACCUGUCAAUGAUUUUAGAGUGAUGAUUAUAAUGAUGAUUUAAAUGGUUUCACCAUCCAGGUCUGUUUACACUCGAUUGAUAUCCAGACACAAUGCGUGCUUGACUAACUCUGGAGGUGGUCAGGAAGAUCUGAUCACAAUUAGAUCACAAUGUGUCUUUUAAUUGUCUACACCUGUCUAAAAAUGUAGCCUGGGCACAAUCAGAAUGUAGAAAAGAUCAAGACAAAGGGCACAUGUUAGCAACAGGUAUAAACGGGGCUCUUGUUUCCUCCUUUACCUCAGAGCCAAUAACCGUCCCAAUGGCCAAUGACAAUGAUUUCCUCCUUUUUUCUUACUCGUCCAUCUCCUUCCAUAACUUCUUUAAUCACACAGAGAUUGAAGAUGACAGUCAGCACCUUGAGCCCUCGACUAAAACCUUUACAUCAAAAUCAUAAGCUUAGCUUCAAUAAGUAAAAUGUCUACUGAUAUCUAAUGUGUUUUAUGUAGGUCAUCCUCUUGGUCAAUGACCCAAGCUCAGUGCUGCUUUUGAAAUUGAAGGUUGAUAACACACAGUAGACACAGUAGCCAUCAGAGUCUAUGGAUAACUCUAUACGUCUUGCUUCCUCUCUCCCUCAGAGCCAAUCACCCUCACUAUGGCCAAGAAUGGCAGUUCCCUCCUCCAUUAUGUCAACAAGUCCACUUCCACCCCUGUCGUCUUCACCAAAGACACUGUUGAGGAUUCCAGCAUCAUGAGUAACGACGCCACCACGGCCAUAGGAGCCCUCAUCUUGGGCCUGGUCUUCCUCCUCGGCGUCCCAGGAAACCUCUUCAUCAUUUGGAGCAUCCUGGCCCGUGCCCGCCGACGCUCCGUAACCACUCUCCUCAUCCUCAAGCUGGCGUGUGCCGACAGCUUUCUCAUGUGCCUCACCAUCUUCUUCGUAAUUUAUCUGGCCAGGCAGAACUGGGACUUUGGCAACCCCAUGUGCAAGGGGCUGUUUUACCUGUGCAACACUAACAUGUACGCCUCUUGGGUGAGAACCUCCUUCCCUCAGCCAGGGCAUUGAAAAUGGGUCGUGGAUGGGUAUUCCAGCAUGACAAUGACCCAAAACACACGGCCAAGGCAACAAAGGAGUGGCUCAAGAAGAAGCACAUUAAGGUCCUGGAGUGGCCUAGCCAGUCUCCAGACCGUAAUCCCAUAGAGAAUCUGUGGAGGGAGCUGAAGGUUCGAGUUGCCAAACGUCAGGCUCGAAACCUUAAUGACUUGGAGAAGUCGGCAGGUAGCUUAGUGGUUAAGAGCAUUGUGCCAGUAACCGAAAGGUCGCUGGUUCUAAUCCCCGAGCCGACUAGGUGAAAAAUCUGUCGAUGUACCCUUGAGCAAGGCACUUAACCCUAAUUGCUCCUGUAAGUCGCUCUGGAUAAGAGCGUCUGCUAAAUGACUAAAAUGUAAAUGUAAGAUCUGCAAAGAGUAGUGGGACAAAAUCCCUCCUGAGAUGUGUGCAAACCUGGUGGCCAACUACAUGAAACGUCUGACCUCUGUGAUUGCCAACAAGGGUUUUGCCACCAAGUACUAAGUCAUGUUUUUGUCACGCCCUGGCUCUGGGACUCUGUUAUGUUGAGCCAGGGUGUGUUGUUUCUAUGUGUUUUGUUUCUAGGUUGAUUAUCUAGCUCAUUUGUUUCUAUGUUGGCCGGUGUGGUUCUCAAUCAGAGGCAACGUGAAUCAGCUGUUGCUUGUUGUCUCUGAUUGGGGGCCAUACUUAGGCAGCCUGUUUUCCACAGUGUGUUGUGGGAUCUUGUUCCGUGUAUUGUUAGUGUUUGUAACCAAGGACGUCACGUUAUCGUUUUGUUCUCUAAUAAAUAAGUAUGUUCACUCAUCACGCUGCGCAUUGGUCCACUUCCUCCAACGAUCGUGACAGAAGAUCCCACCAUAACUGGACCAAGCAGCGUGUCCAGGAGCCAACGCCAGAGAGGACUCUAACGAAGAUCAACCUCGACUGGGUCAAGCCGCGGGAGGAGGAGAGAGGCUGGUCUUGGGAGCAGAGGAGCGAGAGUCUGGCGAGGGCCAUGGAGGCCUGGCCCACGGGGAGGAGAGACAGCCAGAAAAUUUUUAGGGGGGGGCUCACACCGUGGACGACGGGGCAGCAGGAGGCCGCCAGGUUACGGGAGUCACUGGUCACCAGGGGGAAGGAGAAUGUAGAGGCACGGCGAGAGGUACUGGGGUGUGUUGCCAGUCCGGUCCGGCAUGUUCCUGCCCCUCGCACCAAGCCUGUGGUGCGCGUCGCCAGCCCGGUCCGGCCUGUUCCUGCCCCUCGCACCAAGCCAGUGGUGCGCGUCGCCAGCCCGGUCCGGCCCGUUCCUGCUUCCCGCACCAAGCCAGUGGUGCGAGUCGUCAGCCUGUUUUGGUCCGUUCCUGCUCCCCGCACCAAGCCAGUGGUGCGCUUCGUCAGCCCGGUUCGGCCCGUCCCUGCUCCCCGCACCAAGCCUUUGGUGCGCGUCGUUAGCCCGGUCCGGCCUGUUCCUGCUCCCCGCACCAAGCCAGUGGUGCGCUUCGUCAGCCCGGUUCGGCCCGUCCCUGCUCCCCGCACCAAGCCUUUGGUGCGCGUCGUUAGCCCGGUCCGGCCCGUCCCUGCUCCCCGCACCAAGCCUGUGGUGCGCGUCGUCAGUCCGGCACAGCCCGUGCCUGUUCCACCGGUGCCUGGUCCGGCACCAGUCAGCUGCUCCACUCCGGAGCUAGAGCAAUCCGCUCCACCAGUGUUCAGUCCAGCUCCGGCCAGCAGGGCCAGACCGGACCAGGGGCGCUUUGGGGGGUUAGAAAGGGAGUGGGGGUCAUGCCCGGAGCCGGAACCGCCUCCGAGGAGGAAUGCCCACCCGGCCCUCCCCUGUUCGGUUUAUGUUUGUCGCAGUCCGCGCCUUUGGGGGGGGGGUACUGUCACGCCCUGGCUCUGGGACUCUGAUAUGUUGAGCCAGGGUGUGUUGUUUCUAUGUGUUUUGUGUGCUAGGGUGAUAUUCUAGUUCAUUUGUUUCUAUGUUGGCCGGUGUGGUUCUCAAUCAGAGGCAACGUGAAUCAGCUGUUGCUUGUUGUCUCUGAUUGGGAACCAUACUUAGGCAGCCUGUUUCCACAGUGUGUUGUGGGAUCUUGUUCUGUGUGUGGUUAGUGUUUGUAACCAAGGACGUCACGUUAUCGUUUUGUUGUUUUGUUCGUUGUGGUGAUUCAAAUAAAAAAAGUAUGUUCACUCAUCACGCUGCGCCUUGGUCCACUGUAUUCGACGAUUCUGACAGUUUUGCAGAGGGGUCAAAUACUUAUUUCCCUCAUUAAAAUGCAAAUCAAUUUAUAACAUUUUGGACAUGCGGUUUUCUGCAUUUUUUUGUUGUUAUUCUGUCUCUCACUGUUCAAAUAAACCUACGAUUAAAAUUAUAGACUGAUCAUGUCUUUGUCAGUGGGAAAACAUACAAAAUCAGCAGGGGAUCAAAUACUUUUUUCCCUCACUGUAUAUAUAUACAGUACCAGUCAAAAGUUUGGACACACCUACUCAUUCAAGGGUUUUUCUUUAUUUUUACUAUUUUCUACAUUGUAGAAUAAUAGUGAAGACAUCAAAACUAUGAAAUAACACAUAUGGAAUUAUGUAGUAACCACAAAAGUAUUAAACAAAUCAAAAUAUAUUUUAUAUUUGAGAUUCUUCAAAUAGCCACCAUGCUGGUUGAGAGAAUGCCAAGAGUGUGCAAAGCUGUCAUCAAGGCAAAUGGUGGCUAUUUGAAGAAUCUCAAAUAUAAAAUAUAUUUUGAUUUGUUUAACACUUUUUUGGUUACUGCAUGAUUCCAUAUGUGUUAUUUCAUAGUUUUGAUGUCUUCACUAUUAUUCUACAAUGUAGAAAAUAGUAAAAAUAAAGAAAAACCCUUGAAUGAGUAGGUGUGUCCGAACUUUUGAUUGGUACUGUAUAUAUAUAUAUAUGUACACUGAGUAUACAAAACACUAAGAACACCUGCUCUUUCCAUGACAUAGACUGACCAGGUGAAUCCCGGUGAAAGCUGUUAUCCCUUAUUGAUGUCACUUGUUAAAUCCAUAUCAAUCAGUUUAGAUGAAGGGGAUUAUGUUUUAUCCUUGAGACAAUUGAGACAGAUUGUGUGUGUGUGCCAUUUAGAGGGUGAAUGGUCAAGACAAAAAAUGUAAGUGCCUUUGAACGGGGUAUGUGAUGAGUGAUGACGUCGAAUCAACAUGGAAAACUGAUUGGAUUUGCAAAAAGUCUUCAACUUAAGGGCAUUUAGUAUUUUUUCGCCCCAAGUUUUAACAUAAAUCCAAUGACAUUGUGACAUUUUUUGUUGAAUUCACGUUAGUUCACAACUCAACCAAAUGUAAAUCAAAACUAGACGUUGAACUGACGUCUGUGCCCAGUGGGCAGACACAAUGGGUGCCUGAUUACCUCUGGAGGUGGUCAGGAAGAUCACAAUCAGAUCACAAUGUGUCCUUUAAUCGUCUACACCUGUUUAAUAAUGUGGGCACAAUCAGAAUGUGGAUAAGAUCAGGACAAAAGGGGGACGGUUAGCACCAGGUAUAAACACAGCUGUGGAGGGUGUGUGUGUGAAAGAGAGAGAGAGGUUGGAGACUAAAUGAAGGACACACCUCUCUCGCCCCUCACAGCAUGUUACAGCUUGUGGGACAGCACAUUUAUUAGACACAGUAGCAGGGAAAGACGGGGGAAACAAGCAGUUGUAAAGAAGAAAAUAGAAAGAGAGAGGGAAUUGGAUAUGAGCUGUCAGAAAAGAGAGAGAAGCAGAGAGUGUAGAUAAAUACAAAACUAUUCCCACCAUAUGGUUACACACCCUACUCAGAUCCAUUGCUCAUCAUCAGCCUCUUCAUCGUCCUCUGAGGUCUCGAUUGUGUAGUAAGGUGAGUGGAUGAAAAUAUCCUGAACUUCUCCCUGGGACAUACUCUAUUCUCAUUUUCAGUCUCUCCCUCUCUCUCUUUCUCUCUCUCUCACUGUCUCUCCCAAUCUCUUAAUUAUUCCUAAUUAAUUUCCCAUUUUCUUUCCAAAACUCUGAUUUUCUUACCUAUUUUGCUCAUACAUUUUCUAAUUCCAUCCUCUUCCCUCUCUCUCUCUCGUCUCCAUGUGUUGAUGAGCCCGUCCUGUCUCUGUGUGGUUCUGUGUGUUCCUUGCUGUUGACGUAACUUUGCCUUGAUUCUCAUGUUGACACAUCUCUACACUGAUCUAAGGUCAGCUUUUGAAAUAAACAAAACCUGCUGUUAUGUCAGUCUGUAAAGUAGAGUUUAUGUUUUCACACUGCCAAAGAAGGGCUGUAUUCUUUCUAGAAAUGUAACCAGUAUAAAUACAAUUACACUGACAUUAUGAACACCUGCUCUUUCCAUGACAUAGACUGACCAGGUGAAUCCAGGUGAAAGCUAUGAUCCCUUAUUGAUGUCACUUGUUAAAUCCACUUCAAUCAGUGUAGAUGAAGGGGAGGAGACAGACUAAAGAAGGAUUUUUAAUCCUUGAGACAAUUGAGACAUAUAUUGUGUAUGUGUGCCAUUUAGAGGGUGACUGGGCAAGACAAAAGAUGCACAAGUGGAAACUUGUUGCCCUGUUCAUAGCCUGAUUGACAAGAUUUCCACUUCUGUGAACCAUUAUUUGGUGUGCUUCCUCUUCAUAGCUUUACAGAUGGGUAGAAAUAGAACUUACUUAUGAGGAAGACCUGUGAUGGUAAGAGGAAAUGAUUGUGCCAAUGUGGAGUACAGUGAGAGAGACAAAGAAAAAGAUACAGAGAGAAAGCAGGAGGGAAGAAAUCAAGAGAAGUCGAUGACUAUCUUAGUGGAGUCUUUUAAAGGAGCAGCGUUAAUAUUUGGCAUGUUUUAGCAUGCCGUCUCUGUGCUGUGCCAGUAUACUGUUGGCCAGGAGGGCUAAUGUGAAUAUUUGCUUGCCUGCUUUAGUGGCAAAACUUUUUAUGUAUGCUGCAAACACAUUGUCUACCGCAAAGAUACAACAGUGACAGAUGGUAGAGAGAGACAUGUACCACCAACCUCAAAUAUAAUUCUAUCCCAAAGCUAUUUCUAUCGGUGUCAACCUGGCCUUGGAUGCCCAGGCUUCACUCACAUCAACGAGGUGAGAUUUGGAAGGAUGGACUCGCGAAACUUGUGUAAACCAUAUGCAAAACAAUCCACCUAAUUUGAUGUUGGUGACACAGUUCUGUGAUACGCUACAUGCAUGACCAAAAGUAUGUGGACACCUACUUGUCGAACAUCUCAUUGCAAAAUCAUGCGCAUUAAUAUGGAGUUGGUCCCCCAUUUGCUGCUAUAACAGCCUCCACUCUUCUGAGAAGGCUUUCCACUAGAUGUUGGAACAUUGCUGCGGGUACUUGCUUCAAUUCAGCCACAAGAGUAUUAGUGAGGUUGGACACUGAUGUUGGUCGAUCAGGCCUGGCUCGGAGUUGACGUUCCAAUUAAUCCCAAAGGUGUUCGAUGGGGUUAAGGUCAGGGCUCUAUGCAGGCCAGUCAAGUUAUUCCACACCGAUCUUGACAAAACAUUUCUGUAUGGACCUUGCUUUGUGCAUGGGGGCAUUGUCAUGCUGAAUCAGGAAAGGUCCUUCCUGGGCCUCCCGAGUGGCGCAGCGGUCCCAGGCUGUGUCACAGCCGGCCGUGACCGGGAGCCCCAUGGGGUGGUGCACAAUUGGCCCAGCGUCAUCGGGGUUAGGGAAGGGUUUGGCCGGGGGGAUUUUCCUUGGUUCAUCGUGCUCUAACGAGUCCUUGUGGUGGGCCGGGCGCCUGCAAGCUGACUUCGGUUGUCAGUUGGACCAUGUUUCCUCCGACACAUUGGUGCGGCUGGCUUCCGGGUUAAGCAAGCAGUGUGUUAAGAAGCAGCACGGCUUGGCAGGUCAUGUUUCGGAGGACGCAUGACUCUCGACGGAGUUGCAGCGGUGAGACAAGAUCGGAUAUCAUGAAAUUGGGGAGAAAAAGGGAGUCAAAUAAAAAAUAAAAAAAGGAAAGGAAAGGGCCUUCCCCAAACUGUUGCCACAAAGUUGGAAGCACAGAAUCGUCUAGAAUGUCAUUGUAUGCUGUAGCUUUAAGAUUUCCCUUCACUGGAACUAAGGGGCCUAGCCUGAACCAUGAAAAACAGCCCCAGACCAUUAUUCCUCCUCCACCAAACUUUACAGUUGGCACUAUGCAUUGGGGCAGGUAGCAUUCUCCUGGCAUCUGCCAAACUCAGAUUUGAUCGUCAGACUGCCAGAUGGUGAAGCGUGAUUCAUCACUCCAGAGAACGCGUUUCCAGAGUCCAAUGGUGGCGAGCUUUACACCACUCCAACUGAUGCUUGGCAUUGUGCAUAGUGAUCUUAGGCUUGUGUGCGGCUGCUCGGCCAUGGAAACCCAUUUCAUGAAGCUUCCGACGAAUAGUUAUUGUGCUGACGUUUUGACAGACAAUUUGUGCUGACAUUUGGACAGACCACUCGGUGGUCCUGUUCUGUGAGCUUGUGUGGCCUACCACUUCACGGCUGAGCCUUUGGUGCUCCUAGACGUUUCCACUUCACAAUAACAGCACUUGUUUACACGUUGUGCUAACAUGAGUUUCGUGUGAUCUGUCACGUCUACACAUUGUAUUAAAUGUGUCUCUUAUCCUUCCACUCUGUCCACAUUAGUCAAUGGUGCUACCUGUCAAUGAUUUUAGAGUGAUGAUUAUAAUGAUGAUUUAAAUGGUUUCACCAUCCAGGUCUGUUUACACUCGAUUGAUAUCCAGACACAAUGCGUGCUUGACUAACUCUGGAGGUGGUCAGGAAGAUCUGAUCACAAUUAGAUCACAAUGUGUCUUUUAAUUGUCUACACCUGUCUAAAAAUGUAGCCUGUGCACAAUCAGAAUGUAGAAAAGAUCAAGACAAAGGGCACAUGUUAGCAACAGGUAUAAACGGGGCUCUUGUUUCCUCCUUUACCUCAGAGCCAAUAACCAUCCCAAUGGCCAAUGACAAUGAUUUCCUCCUUUUUUCUUACUCGUCCAUCUCCUUCCUUAACUUCUUUAAUCACACAGAGAUUGAAGAUGACAGUCAGCACCUUGAGCCCUCGACUAAAACCUUUACAUCAAAAUCAUAAGCUUAGCUUCAAUAAGUAAAAUGUCUACUGAUAUCUAAUGUGUUUUAUGUAGGUCAUCCUCUUGGUCAAUGACCCAAGCUCAGUGCUGCUUUUGAAAUUGAAGGUUGAUAACACACAGUAGACACAGUAGCCAUCAGAGUCUAUGGAUAACUCUAUACGUCUUGCUUCCUCUCUCCCUCAGAGCCAAUCACCCUCACUAUGGCCAAGAAUGGCAGUUCCCUCCUCCAUUAUGUCAACAAGUCCACUUCCACCCCUGUCCUCUUCACCGAAGACACUGUUGAGGAUUCCAGCAUCGUGAGUAACGACGCCACCACGGCCAUAGGAGCCCUCAUCUUGAGCCUGGUCUUCCUCCUCGGCGUCCCAGGAAACCUCUUCAUCAUUUGGAGCAUCCUGGCCCGUGCCCGCCGACGCUCCGUAACCACUCUCCUCAUCCUCAACCUGGCGUGUGCCGACGGCUUUCUCAUGUGCCUCACCAUCUUCUUCGUAAUUUAUCUGGCCAGGCAGAACUGGGACUUUGGCAACCCCAUGUGCAAGGGGCUGUUUUACCUGUGCAACACUAACAUGUACGCCUCCAUCUUCCUCAUCACACUGAUGAGCCUGCACAGGCUAGUUGCGGUGGUGUGGCCCCAUCGAGUGGCGGCCCUGGCCAGCAAGAAGACGGUGGUGCGGGCAAUAGCUGUGAUGUGGGUCUUGGUGUUCUUCAUUUCUAUCCCUGCUCUGCUGUUCAGGGAGGUGAGGGAUGAUCAUGACGAACAGAACAAAACCCGCCUGGUGUGUGCCUCCGGUCACACUCUGUCUCAACAUGUAAGUUCAAGAGAUAAGUGAAUAUUAAGUUCAUAGUGGAGUUAGAUACAUUAUAAUUUUUUUCUGGUUUAAGUAUAUAGUUAUUCAGGAUUAGGAAGAGGUUUACAUGUUGAUACAGGUACAGUCAUUAUAUGACUACUAAGAUCACAGGAGCCUCCCUUUCUUCCUGACAUCAUAAAUCCUAACCAAUCCUACAUUUUAGCUGAGAUCUUAUGACAGACCCAUUCAUGUUUAAAUAAGCCUGGUAUUGCACUAUGCCAUCAUUACAUGUGUUCAGUUUAUCGUUACAUAAUUUCUCAUGUUCAGGUGGUGUACCAGUACACCUUUGAGACAGUAGUGGGAUUCCUGGUUCCGUAUGGGGUUAUAGUGAGCAGCUACAUCUGCAUCCUGAGACGCCUCAGACAGACCAAGUUCCGUCGCAAGGUCCGCAGUGAGAAACUCAUCCUGGCCAUCGUUGUGAUGUUUGGCAUCUUCUGGUUGCCAUAUCACUCCAUUAACAUAAUAGAGGUGUGUGAUCAUAUGAUAUUGUUUAUCUUGCAAUUUCACUCAGAGUGUGGAGUGUAGCAUAGGAAGUUGUAGUAUUUUACAAUGAAGGAAUGAUUGUACAUUUUUUCUCUCAUAGGUGGUGGCUGAACAGUUUGAAGACGGUUCAACAAUGAAAAAGAGGUAUGUGCCAACCGACCCAACAUAUUUCCCCUCCAUUUAGCUAAAGUUAAAUUUAACAUAAGCACCAACACCCAUACAAUAAGUAAUACGACUGUAACGACAACAUUAACUCUCUCGCUCUCUAUGCAGACUAGAUAUGGUAUGGCAGCCCAGUCGUGCUGUGACCUCCGCUCUGGCUUUCAUCAGCAGCUGUGCCAACCCCAUUCUCUACACCUUCGCUGGAAAGUCCUACAUCAGAGAGGACGGCAUGGCCUUCAUGGCUCGGCUCUUUGAGGGGACAUCUCUGGACACUGGGAUAAGGAAGGGAACGGGACUAAAAGAUGCGUUGUCUUUCAGCAGCACUGGGGGCAAUGCUGUGAAGAACGAAAAAUAG